ACUCAGUCUUUCUUUUAAAGAACGCAGGAUCGAGUCAUUCAUAUCCUCAUUCUCCUUAUUCAAACAAACAUUUUUCGUUUUCUUCAUAUCCUUUUAGGAUAAUCCAAACUCCCGUUUUUUAAUUUCCAACACCCUUUCAUACGGAGGUCUCUCGCAGAGCUCUACUUCGACAAUGGCUAGUCAAGCCAAACCAAAGGCUGCUGCCACCAAGACUGCCACAAAAGGAAAGAAGGCUCCUCCCAAAAAGAGACAACCAGAGCCUGAAUCCGAAUCGGAAACCGAUUCCGAUGAUUAUACCUCCGACGAAGAAUCAGAAGAAGAAGCACCACCCCCACGUCGUGCGGCAAAGCAAAAGCAAAAGCAACAAGGUGGUGGAGGCGGAGGCGGACCACUCGGUGGUGUCAGUGAUAUGGUUCCUUUGAAUCAAGUUGGUGACACCGCUGGGGGAGCUGCCGACCAAGUUGGAAACACACUUGGUAACGUCGCUGGCGGUGUACUGGGUGGUGGUGGUGGUGAGAAGAAGGGAGACGACAAGGAAGAUACACUUAGAUUACGGUUGGAUUUGAAUCUCGAGGUAGAGAUUACGCUGAAAGCGAAGAUCCAUGGUGAUCUUGAAUUGGCACUAUUGGAUACUGGUGGAUAAACAUCUCUUACAUGAGUAUUUGUUGCAGAAACGGUUAAUAAUGUCGUCCGUCCCCAUUGCAGCUUGAUGUAGUCGCAGCUUACUGAACUAAUUGGCUUUUCGAUAUUUUCGUUGCUGGGAAUAGGAUCUUUGGAUUCUUCGGUGUGGGACAUGGGAGGUUAGGACCGGAUUCUGAUGUUUCGAAGGAGUUUUUGAGUGCAUGGAGAAUGGGAGGUUGGGAGAUUGGGAUCGGGUUUUGACAUGUUCCAAACGUAUUAUAUACCCAUUCUCUAAAGUGGGAAUUUUAAUGCCUGAAUGACUUUUCCAAACUUGCU